AGACUGAAAUUGGAAAGAAAAAAAAUGGAAUGCUUGGUGUUCUUCAAUUCGGGGUAAAAAUACCAAGAGGUUAAAAAAGUCUUAUCAUGCGCACUCCUCUUACUGCCCUCUAAUUGGAUGAUGUCUUUGAAAGCGAUAAGGUAGAUUAAUGAUGAGUAAAUGUCUGUCCUUUUCCUAUGAUUUGAAAUCAGAUGUCUUGUGCUGCCUAUCAUAGAGUGACCAAGGUUACACAAUAAUCGCUCUCCAGUCGCAAUGCUAAGAAACGACAGUGUUGAUGAGAGUUCAGAAGAUACGAUAAUCGAACGUGAGGAACCAUCCGACGACAACCCACCAAAGCAGCGAAAUCUCGCCAAUAGAAAGGAAAGAAAACGCACCCAAACAAUGAAUUCAGCCUUUGAGGAUUUAAGGCAGCACAUACCCAACGUCCCUGUAGAUACGAAACUGUCAAAGAUAAAGACUUUACGACUCGCUAUCAGCUACAUAAGAUACCUAAUGGAAGUCCUAGAAGAAAGUAAGGACGGUAAACCGUGCACAAAGAAAAGCUUCGUUGUAGAAAUGGCUUUACAAAGUGACAUGAAGGAACGACGUCGACGUGAUCAGUCGAGCGGUGAAUUAGCUCCAAGAAAACGUGGUCGAACGGGAUGGCCACAGCAAGUUUGGGCAAUGGAAUUACGAUGAUAUUUGAAUGUAAAUGUAUUGAACUGAGAAGAACGAGCCUACUUUACCAUGUGGUAUGAUCUGGCUUCAUCGACGCCUACUGUAAAUUGACACAAAGCAUGGAGCAUGGAAAACUUCUCACACCCAACACCAUUCAUGAACAAAUACGGUAUUUAUAUGACAAACACCUUUAUACCAUGCCUUCUAACAAAGAUGGGGCUAGACGAAUGGAUUAACUCAUCGGUAUAAUAUAGAUUUAGAUAAACGAUUCUCCCUAAUCGCGAUUGAUACGUACACUUGUCGAUAUCAAAAAUGGAUCUCUAGAAAACACACAUUUGAACGAUUCAUUUUUUUACAAAAUCAAAUUCAAAAGAAAUAGUCUAUACCUUCAUUCAUUUAUCCCAAUGAGUCGAGACAUUGAUCAGAGGAAAUGCUAUGAAAUUUAUAGAUGUACAUAUUAUAAAUGAAAAUAUGAGAAUUUCUUGCUUUUCCAUAAGUACAUAUUCAGAUUUCAACUGUAACUAAAUCAUAGUCUAGUGUCUAGUGGAUUCUAGUCGUUAAAUUUGUUCCAACACUGAGUUUGCAAAGGGUAUCCUCUGAACUCAUAUUUCACUGAAUUGUCUUUGAGUGAUUGUGAGGCAUACACGCUAUAAACAUCGAUUACACCUCACAAUAUUAAACAGCAAAAUGUUCACAUUAAGGAAUGGUGUUUUUGAGAUUUGUAUCAAGCUUUGAUGCAAGUGUUUCGUUGUUCAGUUUGAGAGCAAAGCAGAGCAAACUGAGUAGUAAUCAUAUCAUGUCGCCGGAUUGUUCGUAAUGUAGUGGUACACAGCAUAGCAGAAGUUUUGUUCGUUAGUGUAAUACAAUGAGGUUUAACCAUGAUUAGAAUAUCUCACUACCCUACUAUAUAUAUAUCUCUUUGUAUUACAAGAUAAGCUGAUAAAAGUGAUAUAAUAUCAUGUACUGGUUCUCGGAAACCAAAGUGCGCUAGGAACCCCCUGUUCAAUCGGUUAUCAUCCGUCGACAAAGCGGAUUAUAACUCUUGUACGUGACUAACGCUGCCUCCAUACAUAAUGCUAUCUAAAAAAAGAGUUGCAAUCCAAGGUUAUAUAUUGUCCUUAAUACAAGAUAUAUAUCGCCAAAGUAGCGGGAAAUCUUAGGAAUCAAAUGAGGACGCAUAAGAUCAUUAUGGUGUUUGAUCCCCAACAAUUCUACAAAAUCUGGAGAACAAUUAAAACGUUGUUGUCACAAAUUGAUAGACUUUUUGGACUUUGUGGUAAAAUACAUCUGAAAAUUGGUU